AGCCUCGUAUUAUUAUUAUUUUUUUUUUAACCCAUCCUACCUGCCUACUACAAACGGCCUAUUUUCUGCCCCUAAUGGUUUCUGCCUAACAAAUGGUGUUUCUUUUUUACAGCGUUAUGAUCCUGGACUUGUUGUGGUGAUGGUAAACUUAGCAGUGGGAGGACAGAUCCCAUCCCUAUCGUCGUCAAGUACGAUGUCAUGGGCAUGGGGCGGAUGGAAAUGGAGCUUGACUAUGCCGAAGAUGCCACUGAGCGGAGGCGUGUACUGGAGGUGGAGAAAGAAGACACUGAGGAGCUGAGGCAGAAAUACAAGGAUUAUGUUGAUAAAGAAAAGGCAAUUGCCAAGGCUUUGGAAGACCUCAGAGCAAACUUCUACUGUGAACUCUGUGACAAGCAGUAUCAAAAACAUCAAGAGUUUGACAACCACAUAAACUCUUACGAUCAUGCUCACAAGCAGAGGUUGAAAGAUCUCAAGCAAAGGGAAUUUGCUCGCAAUGUCUCUUCAAGAUCACGGAAAGAUGAAAGGAAGCAGGAGAAAGCCCUCCGGCGUCUACACGAACUGGCUGAACAGAGGAGGCAGCCUGAAUGUGCUCCUGGAAGUGGACCCAUGUUCAGAACCACCACGGUGGCUGUGGAUGAGGAAGGUGGAGAUGAUGACGAUGCUGCAGCCAACAGCAGCUCUUUCAUCCAGACGACUUCUGGCCAAGCUACAGAGAUGACUAUGGACAGAGGUUUCCUAAACACUGGACAAGUCGGUGGCACUGUUAUGCCAAGCCAAAUGCCCAUCCAGACAGCGCAAGCAGUCAGCUUUGGCAUUAAGAGUACUUUGGGAACUCCACUGCAGAAGAUAGGUGUGUCAUUUUCAUUUGCGAAGAAGACUCCGGUAAAGCUUGAGACCAUAGCUUCUGUUUUCAAGGACCACGUGGAAGAAUCAAGUUCUGCAGAUGGAGCAAAAGCUGAUGAGAGAGGGUCCUCAGAUGCAGGGAGCCUGCAGAAAUCUGGUGAGGGCGAAAGCACAAAUAAUUCUGAUGGCAAGGCGGAGGAAGAUGACCAACAUGACAAAGAUAGUGGGUCUCUAGCCACCACGUUAUCUAAACUAAAAAAGAUGAGACGAGAAGAUGGACCAAUGGCAGUUGAACCAGAAUACUACCACUAUAUUCCCCCAGCCCAUUGUAAAGUAAAGCCUAAUUUUCAAUUCCUGCUUUUCAUGAAGUCUACAGAACAAAUGGAAGCUGAAAAUGUGAAUAAAAAAAACACGCAUGAAGUUAAAAAGGGUAGUUCUCCGAAACCCAAGCCCGGCAAGUACACAGAGAAGGCUGGUGAGAGCACGGGGCAGCAGAAGGAGCAGAGUACUACUGAAACUGCAGCUCAGCAGAGCAAAACAGAGCUAAAAGAAGUCCUAGAAAAUGCAAGUAUGCAGGAGAGCAAGCAUCUUGCAGAGAGCAAUCUCCCCGAGCCAGACACUACUAAAGAAAUCGCUCAGCCCAUCCCAAGCUGUAAAGAUGUCACUGAAGGACCAAAGCAUCUGACAGGACCUUUUUUCCCCGUUCUGAGUAAAGAUGAGAGCACGACUCUCCAGUGGCCUUCAGAGCUUCUCAUAUUUACCAAAGCAGAACCAUCGGUUUCGUACAGCUGUAAUCCCCUGUAUUUUGAUUUCAAGCUCUCUCGCAACAAAGAUGCUAAAGGUAAAGGGGCAGAGAAAUCUAAGGAUCCAGGGGGUCUAUGUAAAGAAAACGUUCAGAGCACAGAAUCUGGUGAGAUAAGCAAACCCAAGGAGGCAGAAAGCGCAGCUAACAGUUCUGCUCUAAAAAUGGAGAACAAAUCUCUGUCCACCUGUGGCUCCCAGAACAAGCAGGAGUCCAAUUUGGCAAGCGUUAGUAAGGGAGAGGGAGAGGACAGUAGUAAAAGCAUAACCAGUAAGAGUAAAUCUGGAAGAUCCCAUAAACACAAAAAGAAAAAGAAGCACAAAAAGUCCAGCAAACACAAACAUAAACACAAGGAGGAAGCUGAUGAGAAGGGCCGAAAAACUGACCUGGGGGAAGAGAAGCCCAAGAAACGGAAAAGACACAGGCACAAAAAAGGCAAAUCCGCUCUUUCUACUGAAUCGGAACGGGCGCUAAAAACUGAACUGUCUGAAGACUGUAGCCAUUUCCAGAAGAAAAAGCGGUGCUCUCAGGAGUCCCAGAGGAAGUCUCUGUCUGCUGAAGAGGGAAGCAGCGGUAAAAAAGAGGAUGGUGGUAACUCCUGCCAAGAGCAUGGCAACAAAAAACACAAGGCUGACCUGCAGCAGUUACCUGCUUCGAGGAGACGGUGUUCGGCUCCUUCCCUGGGCAGGACCAGCCGCAGGAGCCGACAGAGCAGCGGGGACUACGACAGCGACGAGGGCUCUCACAGGAAGCACUGCCGGCAGAAAUCGCCGUCGCAGUACAGCGAUGACUAUGACUCUGGCAGCGACCAGUCCAGGAGCCGCUCCAGGUCGGGGCGGAGGCACUCCUCUCACAGGUCGUACUCGACCAGCUCCGACGCUUCCUCGGACCACAGCCGGUACAGCCGUCGGAGAAGUUACUCGGAUGAUAGCUACAGCGAUUACAGUGACCGGUCAAGGUGCCAUUCAAAGCGGUCCCACGACUCGGAGGAUGACUCUGACUACAACAGCUCGAAUCACAGAUCAAAGCGGCGCAAGUACUCCUCUUCUGAAGAUGACUACAGCUCGAGUAGGAGCAGGUCGAGGAGUCGAAGCAGGAGCCGAACUCACCCUCGAGGCAGGUCAAGAACAAGGAGCCGGGGCAGAACACGCAGCAGCAGCUGCAGCCGCAGUCGAAGCAAGAGGAGAAGCCGAAGCGUAACGGGUCGCAGCUGGAAACGGAGCCGCAGCUAUAGCAGGGAUCGCAGCCGCAGUACGAGAAGCCACUCGCAGAGGUCUCUCUCGCGGAAGGGCUCUCGAGGCCACGAGAGCCCCGAAGAGAGGAGGUCUGGGAGAAGAGACUUCAUCAGGUCCAAAAUCUAUCGCUCACAAUCUCCUCACUAUUUCCGGACAGGCCGAAGUGAAGGAUCAUCACUGAAGAAAGAGGAUGGCAAAGGAGAGGAUCUGAAAGGCUCUGGCUCGCUCUCCCAAAACAGCAGCAGCUCUGGCACGGGGAGGGCCUCGGAAGGUGACUGCAGUCCGGAAGAGAGAAACUCGGUCACUGCAAAACUUCUUCUGGAAAAGAUUCAAUCCAGGAAGGUUGAAAAGAAGCCCUGUGUCACUGACGAGAUGCUGGCAGGGGCAAACAAGGUGGGCAUAAAGCUCAAAGAUCCUCCCCAGGGCUACUUUGGCCCGAAACUUCCUCCUUCCUUAGGCAACAAACCGGUUCUCCCCUUAAUUGGGAAAUUGCCAACCGUUCGAAAACCAAAUGCCAAAAGGUAUGAAGAGUCUGGCUUGGAGAGGGGCGAGGAGCAAGAGCUGUCGGAUUCUGAGGAUGUUUCCCAAGGCAUUGAGGAGGCUCAGUUGGCCGGCCAGUCUCUCCUGGAGGAUGUGGUGAUGGUAAUUCAGGACAAACCUCUGGAUGAGCAGAAACGUGACGAACCUGCUGUGGAAAUGCCGUCCAUCCCCCUCGAAGCGCCGGCGCUCCCCGAGUGCUUUGGUUCUGGAGAUCUGGUCAUGCCGCACAACUUCCUCUCGGAUCCGAGCGAUGGCGAUGGGCUAGAACCUAUGGAUGGGGGCAACCAGCCGGUCCCAGUGGAAACCAGUAUGAUGCCCUUAGUUCCAGAUGUCGAGCACUUUCCUGGCUACGUGCCCCAGAGCGGGGAGCCGAGCAUCGAAGGGGAUCGGGAAGGAGGAGAAGACUCCUCUCUAGCACCGCUCGAGAGCCAGCCGAUCACUUUUACACCCGAAGAAAUGGAGAAAUACAGUAAGCUGCAGCAAGCUGCUCAGCAGCACAUUCAGCAGCAGCUUCUGGCAAAGCAGGUCAAGGCCUUUCCUGCCUCGGCGGCCCUGGCGCCGGCAGCGCCUGCCCUGCAGCCCAUCCACAUUCAGCAGCCGGCGGCGGCAUCCGCCACCUCCAUCACCACCGUGCAGCAUGCCAUCCUGCAGCACCACGCCGCUGCGGCCGCCGCCGCCAUCGGGAUUCACCCUCACCCCCAUCCCCAGCCUCUCGCUCAGGUUCAUCAUAUACCCCAGCCCCACUUGACGCCUAUUUCAUUAUCCCACUUGACCCACUCGAUUAUUCCAGGCCACCCUGCUACGUUUCUAGCCAGCCACCCCAUCCACAUCAUUCCGGCGUCAGCUAUCCAUCCGGGCCCCUUUACUUUUCAUCCGGUUCCUCACGCUCUUUAUCCGACCCUUCUUGCCCCAAGACCUGCUGCCGCUGCGGCCGCUACAGCGUUACAUCUUCACCCUUUGCUGCACCCCAUUUUCUCAGGACAGGACUUGCAGCAUCCACCCAGUCACGGCACAUGAAGGACGAAACGAAAUAACCUUGGAGGAAGGAGAACAUUUUGCGUUUUGGGAAGGGGUUGAAGUUGAUCCAGCUGGCAGGUGAGAUCUGAGAAUUUCCUUUCACUCUUUAGCAGCCAAAGAAGCCAAAGGCUCGAGGGCUGGGUAGCAGCAGGCAGCGGGUCAGUUCGUAAGCGUUGUGUAUAUCCGCUACCAGGGACUGUCUUGCGUCCCCGACACCUCCGUGCACGUAGCAGCACUCUAUCCUAGAAGAAUCAUUUCACGUGUAGACCAGCAAGACACUUGGAAAGGCUUUUUUUUCCCUGGAUUCUUACACUUGGUCAUCUUCCUUCUGCCGCCUUGUAUAUGAUAAAUGAGAUUUCAUACACACUAAUAGGUCUCUCAAAAUCCUUUUAAUGAGGUCAUCUAAUUAAAAUAGUCAGCAUGAUUGAAUCCGGCUUGUAAUCAGCGAUAAAACAUUCAGGAACUGACAGCUGUGGAUCCUGGUGAGGAGACCGAUGGAAGGGCAGCGCCACUCUUGUUUUGGCUGGGCCAGUACCAGUUUUCAGGCAUUACAGGAGAUUUCUUGGCACCCUUUCGCUGCAUACUUAGGUGGUUUUUUUUUUUCCUCGGUGUGAGCAGCAAAGAUGGAAGUAAGAUCGUGUAUUAAAGCUGAAGAGAGGAGCUGCGCGUGUGCCCAGAGCUCGGACCCUUCUCCAUCCUGCGUUGGCAUUCUCCUGUGCAAGGACUGCACCGUGACGCCUUCUGGAUGUCCGGGAGUGGAGAGGGGUUCUCGGUUUGGGGGCCGGUGAUUUCAGUCUGGGCUUUGACCACGCUUC